GUGCGAGCGAGGAAGUGACGUAAGCAAGACGAAGAGAAUCGGCCACUCGGUCCUCGCAGGCUAAAGAGAAAGUCCUCUCCCUCAUCUCCCGAGAAAUCUAGAAUCUGGGGAAUCUAGAAAUUCUAUUGGAGUUCUGUGACUUCUUGAAUAGUGUCGAAAUGCUACACUAGAGAACAUUGGCCAAGCCUUCCCAGUUCUGGAAGCCAAUGAAUCCUCUAAAGUAGACCCACCUUUCACUCUCAGUGAUGGCUUGCCCAGAAAGUGGGGCACUCGGGCACCACCUCCGCUCCCUGACCCCAGAGGAGCAGCAGAAGCUGAAACAGCAGGAGUCGCGUGGAUUGCUCUCUGAAUUCCUGCAAAAGAAACUAGAGCAAGAAGCAGCAAAAAAUUGGGACAAGUUUUACAAGCGCAAUGAAACUAGGUUUUUCAAAGAUCGGCAUUGGACAACCCGGGAGUUUCAAGACCUUAUAGGAGACGGUGCUGUGAAAAGAACAUUGUUAGAGGUUGGUUGUGGAGUUGGAAAUUUCUUCUAUCCACUGUUGGAAGAUGGCCUGAACCUUUUUGUGUAUGCAUGUGACUUCUCCCCCAGAGCAAUUGAAUUUGUGCAGAGCCAUCCCAUGUAUGAUGAAACUAAAGUUUGUGCAUUCCACUGUGACAUUACUGAGGAUGAAUUGCUUGAAAAGACCAACCAUACUGUGGACAUUGUAAGCUUGAUUUUUGUCCUUUCGGCCUUGCAUCCUGACAAAUUCCAAGCUGCCAUUUCAAACUUGUAUCGAUGCCUGCGACCAGGAGGCAUGGUGCUAGUCCGCGACUAUGGCUUGUAUGACAUGGCUAUGUUGAGGUUUGGGCCGGGGAGCAAACUUGGGGAGCGUCUAUAUGUGCGACAGGAUGGUACUAGGGCAUAUUACUUUACGGAGGAGGAGCUUUCUCAGUUGUUCGAAGGUGCAGGAUUUGUAACUGCCAAUAAUUCCUAUGUUACACGUCAAACUGUCAAUAAGAAGGAAGGCAUUGAUGCGCAAAGGAUCUUCAUACAAGCAAAAUUUGUCAAACCUGAAGAAUGAAGUGCUGAAGGUGAAGUUGGAGGCAUAUUGAUUGGGUUGAAGACCAAUACUGCUGAAUCUCAUAGAUCAAAGAAGGUGAAGUUGGAGGCAUAUCGAUUGGGUUGAAGACCAAUACUGCUGAAUCUCAUAGAUCAAAGGAAUCCCUGUGAUGGAGCAGUAAACUUGACCAGAAAAUUUAACUCUGCUGCAUAAAACACAGAAGCCCUUCAAAGUGCGAGAUGAUGCAGGAGAAGUGUACCACCACACCCUUA